GAUGCAGAACUUUGUGUUUGUGCAGCCAUUCUUUCCGCGCUGAAGAACCUGCAGGAGAAGAUCCGUCAUUUAGAGCUGGAGCGCUGUGACGCUCAGCAGAAGCUCCAGACGGUCUCCAGAGAAUCCACACACUCCGACCACAGACACACACACCACGAUCUCCUCUCUCAGCUGACUGCGGCCGAGGCUCAGUGCUCACGCUUGGAGAGACAUUUGGAGCACAUGAGGAAGACCGUGAGAAACACAGAAUCAGACAGAACCGCUGUGCUGCGACGACAGGUGUCUCUGGAGCGUCUGGGCUCAGCGGAUCGGACCGAUGUUCAGCUGAAGCUGCAGAAGCUGGAUCAGCUGGAGCAGGAGUAUCACCGGCUGACGGAGACGCAGGGCACCACUGAGAGGAAGAUCAGACAGCUGGAGAGGAAACUACAGGAAGAGGAACAUCAGAGGAAACUGGUGCAGGACAAAGCAGCUCAGUUGCAGACGGGUCUAGAAGCCAAUCGUCUGCUCAUCCAGUCUGUGUCUCCACGUCCACAUAAAUCCAGCAGAAUCAAACAGAAGAAACUCUCAACAGAGAAACACUGGUCGCAGCCUCAGCAGCAUUACAGACUCAGUCUGGGAGACGUGCCGUUUGUGACCGGGACGUCGACAGGCUCGAGUCACUCAGUGCGAGCAAACGUCCAGCACGUCCUUCAUCUCAUGACGCAGCAUCAUCCUCAGCUGUGUAACGAGCGAGUGCUGGGACACGCCCCCUCCACCAAUCACAGCAGUAGCUCCUCCCCCUCCUCUUCCUGUGGAGAGGAGCUGUCAGAGCUGCUGCUGACGCUGCAGGACGAGUUUACACACAAGAUCUUGAGACUCUUUCUCCACAUCACACCCAUCAAUAUGAAUCCUUUUGUGAAGCACUUGAUUCAGUUGAUUCAGAAAGCUCAGUUUCACGCACACACACAGUUUCUCGAUCAGUUUUGGGUGAGCUGUCCCUUUAGUGGAGUAAAAGAUGUGUGUUUGUGUGUCAGCGAGCAGCAGGAACUGUCCGAACGGAUCCAGUCGUGUGGCUCGGAUCGCUUGCGGCAGGAUCUGGAGCGUGAGAUGGAGACGCUGGUGAAGAGGAUGGAGAGUAAAGGAGAACAGAUCGCUAAAGUCCGGCGACAUCAAGCUCAGAUGGAGAAGUUGAGGAGACGGUGUGGGGGUCAGCAGAGCGGAGGAGGAAGAGGAGGAGCACAGGUUAACAUCUCGAGUCACGUGAAGGUCAAAGAGAGACCAGGUGAGCGCAGCCGAGACUCUCUGCGUCUGCCAAAUGACAACACUGACAACAUGUGA